GUGUCCAGUCAGUGUGUCUUGCAUUUACCGAGGGGUGCUGUCCCAGUGGCUCAGGUUGCGGUUGCAGGGGGAGGUGCGUUCAGGUGGCCUCAUGGGCAGCUACGGCUGUGCGGACGCAGGUACGCCCGAGCUGUUGGUCGUGUAACUGUAGGUCAGCGCGUCCGGAACGGCUCACUGCAAAACGAUGGAUGACCUGGUGGCAGCGAGGUCUUGAACAAUGACGCCAGACCGGUCAUGAUGGCUGGCCGCCACAAGACCAAUAAAGGUAUCCAUCACGACCUUGCAGUUGCCGAGGCCGAAACCUGACUUGACAUGUUCAGCCGACCUACACAAAAAGCACCUCAUCGAUACGCAUGAUACUGCGUUUGGCUUGUCAUACCUAACCCUCCCUCCCCCCUCCGUCCUCUCCUCCUGUUACCCUGCCUCACGAUUAGACACUGUCAUCUCCUGUUUUUCUGGCACUACUGGCUCUCCACCGCACCCAAUGUUGUUCUACCAAAUUGAAAGUUAUUGUUGACUCACCCAUUUAUUAGUUUUUUUAUCCCUGUGCCAUCUGCUUCCAUUUUACAGCUUCGAAACAGAGGCACAACGGGAGGCACAGCCACGCCAGCACUUGCUAUCGACCACCGUUGCUGCAGUUCCUGUUGCGGGCGUCGAGACGCCUGCCCCUACCCCGGCUUCAACUGACGAGGUGGGCGGCUGGAUCAACAUCCGCCAAGUGCUCAGUUUCGAUCUGGGCCAGCAGCCUCAGUAUCGCCCACAGACGGCCUACGUUCUGCGUGUGCGUCGUGGGCGUGAACAGAACCCGGUCAAACUGUCAAUUACUCCAACCAUCUCUGAGUGGAUGGAGUUCAUCUUCAAAGCGGUCGACAAUACUGGUAUGCUCUUUUUUUGUCCCGCCUGGUGA